AUGUCUGUUGAUACAGGACAGUUUAGUGAUCCCAUCUCAGAUUUCUCCGAUUUACCCAGUAUUUCUACUCGGGCAAGCAAUGUCAUUAGACGAUACACCUCUUCCUUCUCUAUUAAUUCCAAAAAAUCCAAAAAUAACGACGGGUCGACUUCGAUUUCGGCAACCUCGUCGCCUCCCGAUCUCAAACGAAAGUCAUCCCUCCCAUCAAUUAAAACUGCCCACUAUACCCACAUGGUUCCCGAUAGCCAAGUCUCGAUAGAGUGCGCAAGCACGUGCGCGUUCGUGGCAGACGCGGGCAUGGACGAUGACUCGGACGAAAACUCAAGUAACCGAUCUUCCCUCAGCUCAAGAGGUAUCUCCCGAACGUCUACCCCAAGUCAUCGAGGGCAGGACGACAACUCCGACAGAAGCCACACCCCAACCCAAAAUUUCUUCCCGCGCGAGGCAAAAGCUCUGCCUGACCCGGAGAUGUGCACGCAGCAAAUCCUUGACGAGGAUGAGAAAAUCCAAGGCCUGAAUUCAUUCAAUGACGUACACUUAGAUCUAACGAAAAUGUUUAACUCAGACAACCAGUGCGUAGGGAACUGGGUUAACUCCACCCCAAACCUCCUCAGAGACAUUCUCGAGACAUUCCGAGUGAACAUGCAGUCGAUUGGCAAUAUCAGUAUAGGCAUGUCCCGCGCGAGGGAUAACAUGUGCUUCGAAAUGUCGAAAAUCUGCAACGAAUUCGCAGACUUAUACAUGCAAGUCAUCAACGACAACAACCCCCAAAUUGAGCAACACGGGCAAGACAAAAACCCCACGCUAAGUAACACAGAAAUGGAAGUAGAUGGUGGUGACCUGUGCUAUAACAGAGGCUACGAGACUAGCCACAAACCUCGAAAGUACCCCUACCCACGGACAUUCAUGGGCCGACAUGCCUCAAUACCCUCCCGCCGAAUAUUACAACACCCACAACCAAAUCUACUCCAAGUCAUCAUAUCGGUGGCCAAUGACAUCAAAAGUAUCAAGAGCCGCAUGGACCGUAUCGAAAAUCAAACCAACCGUACUCCCCCGCCAAAACCAAAACCCCAGCCUACCCAACCCCAUCCGAAAGGGAACGCCGCACCACCCAACGCAAACCCCAACCCGACUGCACCUCCUAAAAAGAAAACAAUGGCCCAAGUCUUAAUGGAAGGCCCGAAGGACAAAACCGGUGAGUCCCAACCUAGUAAUACCGCACCUCCCCCGGUCUCGAUAUCAAAGGGAACUGAGGCGAGCGCCGUUCGCUUCAUCUUCCGAUUCUCACAUGGUGCCCCGGAUGACACCAAAAAGACUUACACCCUUAGAGCUCACUCGAACCCAAGCGCCAUAAGCCAGAUGGAGCCCCAGAUCCGAAACGCGCUAGGCCUCAGAACCGGCUGCGCAUUUACGAGAGACACCAAGUGGUCCAAAGUAAUAAUUGCUGGGGUUCCUACGGGAUUCUCGGAAUCUGGAGAUGAUCAGGUCAUAACCAAGAACGAACUGAUGGACGAGGUACGUAAACACAAAUCUACGGAAAAACUAACAAUCACACAAGUCCCCGACUGGACUAUUCGCCCGGAGGACAUCAAGUCCUCUUACGGUUCUAUUGCUUUCGCAUUCGAAGACCCCGAUGGGCUUGGAGCAACAAACCAAUUCUUCAAUCCUGCAACCGCUGUGCCUCGUACGGCCACGUCCAAACCCACUGCCACAGGAAACCUAGGUGUACGCGAUGUGGAUACAGCCAUCCUACCGAACAACACGACAAUAAAUGCAAACUAUGCCACAACGAGGCUCGAGCGAAAGGGGCCCCAUGCCCUCACCCAGCUCGAUGUGGCGUUUGCCGACAAAACCAUGAGUGGGAUUCGGACGCGUGUCCCGAAAGGGCUAAUUGAACGUGGCGGGCUGUCACCUCCGCGUCCACUCUAUGCUCAACGACAAGUCAUACCAAGCUGCCUCGAUCCUCAUGAUCCAAGACCCCUGCUCCCCUUCUGGAUGUGUUUCUCUCCUCCGGGCAUCAGCGGCCCCAAAGGCCCUGGUGUAUCUAUUUAUGUCCGUAGAGAUAUCCCCGAUCUCCACGCGCGCUACUCCGACACCCUCCCACCUCAUCCCGACGUGCUAGCUAUUGACGUUAUUUAUAAAGGCUCUCGCACCACACUCGUUAACGCGUACCUACAUGGUGACUCAGAAAGAUACGAUGAGUCACUUAACCAUUUAAUUUGCCACCCCUACCCGACUUCCCACCCAAUAAUUAUUGCCGGGGACUUUAACGCUCACCACCCAAACUGGGCCCUCGAGGGGUCAAAGUGGGUCAACAACCUCCCUAACCCCAGCGCUAGACUACUGGACAACUGGGCUUCGGAGAAUGAUUUCCACGUUCUUAAUGACCUUACAGUACCUACACGCAACGGAAAGAAAGGCCAAGCCGACUCAAUCAUCGACCUCACAUUGCUCAAUAGCAUCGCUGUUGAUGCUUUUGUGGAUUUCGACUGGACAUGCGAAGCCGAAGGAGCCAUGGGAUCUGAUCACAAUAUUAUUUCAUGGGCGAUAGGCGCACACGAUCAAACUGAUGCCGCAACGCACCCGAAACCUCCCCCUACCUUCACUAUCGAUCCCGAACUUGAGGAAGAAUGGACAAACGCUUUCGUAGCACACCUGUCCAACGAAAAUCUCCCCUCCCAACCCAAACACCAAGCAAACUAG